AUGACGAUCACCUCGACUCCAACCCAUUUGCCGCAGUCGUCUGUCGGCGAUGGCCCGCCAGGAGAUUCUGUGCUGACGGUCACCGAGACCGUGCUUGUUGAUACCGUACUUACCGACACAGUCUCACUGGUCACCGGCGAGAAAGACCCCGACCAAGAUCCCGAGGAUCUCACACUCGACGGGUUCGCACUGUCUGAGGCGGAUGAAGUCUGCAUCGACAGGGUGCUCGAGCUGGCUGAUGGCGACGGUACAACAGAAGGCCCGGAAGGCCCGGAAGGCCCGGGGCUCGUGGGAGCCCAGGAGAUCAGUGUGCUACCAGACGAUGCCGUCGGUACCGGUUCCGGUUCCGAUAAGCUGCUCGCACUGCUAGAUGAAGGCACGCUAGAGAUCUCAGUCGUAGCUGACGAUGGCGUCCCCGUAGAGCCACUCAAGACCGGCCCAGAAGGCGAAGAGGAGCUGAGGUCUGAGGUGCCACUUGGAACUGGAAUUGAAGACUCCACCGAGCUGCUUGGGCCGCCUCCAGAUGUCGUUACAGAGCUGGAGGCCAGUGGGGUUGUCACGCUGCUCGGGGGCCCAGUGCUGUUCGAACUUGUCAGUCCGGGGGGGCUGGGUGCUGGCGGUGAUGCGGUGCCCAAUGUUGAGCUCGGACUGGUUGUGCCCGAGGGUGAAGGAUUCGUGGUGGUUGGCUGUGCGUUGGCUCCCUCACUGCCCCCACUCGAGGCGGAACUGGCUGGCGGACUGCCGAUGUUACUACUUGGUGCUGAGCUCGGCGGCUCGGUCAUGGGGACGCUCGGGCUUUCGCUGUUCGAUGGGUUGGAGGGUCUAGGCGAGGAGUCAUUUGGGCUGAUACUUGUGCUUGAGCCCGGCAUGCUCGCGGACCCGGACGUCGGAACAGUUCCCGACAGUGAGGUUGAUGCUGUAUUAGCAUCGGAGGAUAGAGACUCGGUCCUACUCUCGCUUCUGGAGGCGCUCGUCUCGACGGCGGAGCUGACCGUGCCACUCACCGAUCCCGAAGACUCGGAGGACGUCCCACUAGAUGCUGGAUUUGAACUUGCAAGAGAAGAUGGUGCAGAGGUAUCAGUUGGCCCUGAGGGCGGCCCUGUGCUGGGAGCUGGGGGGCUUGACACGGCAGCACUCGAGGUUGGACCGCUCGGCGACGAAGACUCGGUGUAUGGCCCCCCGGUCGACGACCCACUUGACACCGUGGGCAGUGAGCUGACUGUCCAUGUCUCGACCUCUGUCGUGGUGAGGUCCGUGAUCUGGGAGGUUGACGCAUUUGUUGCGAUUGUGGUGGCACGGCCCGUUGUGAUCGUUAUGGGCAGACUCGAGGACCAACUCACAGUUUCCGAACUCUCAACCGACAAGGACGAUGGUGACGCCGAGCCUUCUGGUGUCGAAGGCGCCGACUCGGACGACGAUGUCUGGGCGGUGGAGGCACUGGAGGAACUUUCUGAUGUUUCCGCCGAGGAUGGAACAGUCGACAGCGCUGUUCCUGAAGAUGAAACCGCGGAGGAAGAGGUCUCGCUUGAGCUAUGGCAAAAAUUAUCAGCAGGAUGCCAUUUGAGGGGGAGGGGGGAAGCGUUUAGUCCUACCUGA